AUGCAAGGGGAAACCGCCACGGCAAUACGAAUCUCGGACAGUGAAGGGAAACUGGAUGUCUUUCUCCAGAAAGGGACGCCUGGUAGUUCUGGAAGAGGGAGUUCGAAAGGCUGGCAGUACAGGUAUGCUGACUGUCUAGCUAGCUAGGCUAAUUAUGUGGCUUAGCCAUAUUUGGCUAACCAAUCGUGCUAACCUAGUUAGCUAAGUUUGCUGCAGUGAUUUGUUUGGCUAGUAGGCAGUGCACCACACAUCUUCAGUUGGUAACUAGCAAGCCUUUGGUCAAAUGUUAGCUGGCUAGCCAGCUAUGGUUUCUAGCUUUUCUAGCUGAGCUUACUGACUUAGCUAUUAGUUAGUUAACAGGCUAACCAGAGGAAUCAGAGGUUCAUCUGGAGUUGAAUUUUGCCAACCCACUGCUGUUAUUGUAGCAUAACUAGCUUUUUUGCUAACUGUCAAUCAUUUUCUCAAUCUCUGCUCUAUUCAGUGACCACAUGGAAAAUAUUGAUGGUUACCUGAUGAAAUACACCAAUUUGGUAACAGGAUGGCAAUAUAGGUGAGUGGGCAGCCCUGGUUGAAUAACAUUGAACGGUGCUAUGUGCAUUUAGCAAAAGUAUUUACAGUAUAAUCAAAUCAACUAAACAUACUAUUGAAUUGAUUCACUGCUUUGUCAACAAGCAUCUUGAGGUCAAGGGCGUUGGGCCAGUAACCAAAAGGUCACUGGUUCGAAUCCCCGAGCCGACUAGGUGAAAAAUCUGUCUAUGCCCUUGAGCAAGGCACCUAACCCUAUUUUUCUCCUGUAAGUCGCUCUGUAUAAGAGCGUCUGCUAAAUUACUCAAAUGUAAAUGUCAACGUUUUGAUUGAACGUUCUGCCCUUCAUGCAGGUUCUUUGUCCUCAACAAUGAGGCGGGGUUGUUGGAGUACUUUGUCAAUGAGCAGUCCAGGCCCCAGAAACCUCGCGGGACGCUCCCCUUGGCAGGGGCGGUCAUAUCCCCCAGCGACGAGGACUCUCACACCUUCACGGUCAAUGCCAUCAGUGGGGAACAAUACAAGCUCAGAGGUAAAACACACACACUAUUGUCUGUCUCUCACACUCACCAAUCAAAACAGCUUCAACAACUCAUACAAGAGUGUCAUGCUGUUUGAGUAGUCUGGACAUGUAUGGUUUGCAUUUCAGCACAAUGUUAUUAUAUCCUCAAUGCAUCAGUCAGUUGUUGGACAGGCAAGAUACACAUAGUCACUGUCAGACUGUUGUACCAAGACUUCAGGAAUGGGAGAAAGCCGGUAAAACAUAUGCAAAUCAAUACGUGAUAAUGGAGGAUUUCUCAUUAUCCUCGGUCGGAGAGGGAUAAUGUUGUCGUUAUUGAUCCAUGCAGAGAGAGAUUCACUCGGCUGCACAGUAAUGAGCUCACUCGGUUCAGGCACCAAACGAAAGAAAACUGACUGAAACAGGGAUGCACUAACUGAACAUACCCAAUAGGAAAUUCUCGUUUGAAUUUUCAGUUGCAAAACAUUUUGCAACAGUGUGCACUAAUGAAUGUGACCCUGUUGUGUCUCCCAGCCACGGACGCCAAAGAGCGACAGCACUGGGUGAGCCGGCUGCAGAUCUGCACGCAGCACCAUACUGAGGCCAUGGGGAAGGUAAGGGCAAGGGCUUUUCGUCUGACACUCACCCACUUUCGCAGACACUUGCGUGCAGACACACAGUUGCAUGCACACGCAGACAGGCACACACACUCGACAUCACACGCUCUUUCUCUAACUCUCUCUCACUCACAAUGUUUUCCCUUGAUCCAGACACUCUGCUAGCUCGUUUUGUUAUGCAAUCCCAUUGAUCGUGUCCAUGGUUGCCUGUAACAUGAGCUUAAUAACAGAAGUGCAGAGGGGAUGUCUUGUAUUUAGAUUAGAUGUAGUAGUGUUUGUGCUUGAUAAUGAUAACACAUUGAUGGGAACUCUAGCUACUAUUCAUUUAGCUUAGUUAUGAGCCAAGACCAUCCUAGAUGCCAGCCUUUGAGUGUAGUAUUGUAACACACGAAAGACACCCCUGCCUGCAUCAUAGCAGACAAACUGGGGUAUGUGACACUUCCUUCUUUUUCUAAAGUUUGACCUUCCUUUCCUGGCUGAAGUCAGUGAGUCAGCAUUACUCGGUGGGAUUUCCUUCUUAACAGAUGUACACUUUCUAUUGAAAUACUGAGAAGACAGAAUGUGACAAACCACAAGCACGAUGCAAACUAUUCUUGGAUAAAUUGUGGCGUAACCAUAACGACUCGAUUCAGUACAGUUCACAUUGGCCUUAAUUCGUCUUGCAUCUUGAGCACUUGAGUUGAAGACAAUCAACAUUUACAGAGCACAUUGACAUGACACCAUAAGGUCACACAAAUAGUCAUAAACAAGAUGGCUCCAUAGGUUAAAAUUCCCCUAGGUACAGAUCAAGGAUCCUCUUCCCCUCCCACAAUCCUAACUCUAACUCAUAGAGAUAGCAGACUCAUCAUUGAUAUAACUCGUUUUAACAUGGAAAUGUCCAUUGAGGGCUUCCACCAUUUUAAAGUAGUCAACUGGGUGGGGAUUCCUAUAAGUUGGGAGCAAUCAGCCAAUGAAGAAGAAGGAGGAAAUGGACUAAGCCUCAUUGUCGCUGCCCAUGCUGUCACAGACACUAGAAUGGUACAGAUACAAAGAUGAGUCCUCUAUCUCUAUGCUGUAACCAUUAGUAGAGGAAAUGUUAAACUGACCCAAUAUCAGUGUCUAGGGGCAACUUUACAUACAUCCCACAAGCUCCAAUGAUGAAAAUAUACUUUUUCCCAAGAUACUAUCGCAGAUGAGAUGCACUGUAUGACACAUUUGUUGACCAUCUUGUCUUUGUCCAGAGUAACCCUCCGCCCAAGUCUCGCAGUUACUCCAUGGCGUCUCAGGGGAGCGCCAGCUCGCCCCUGUCCCAGCGAAGGCCCAGCCAGCUCCAGAACCAGAACGCCGCCUCCUCCUUCAGCAUGACUCAGCUCCACAAGGGCUCCUCGCUGUACUCCUCCAAGAGGUCCCUGCUGCCAGACCAUCUGCUCGACGCCAGAGAGGUAGGCUGGGGAUAGGGACGGUAGCCAUUUCCUCGUGAACCAAAAUAGAAGUGGGGUUUAGCAAAGCUUAGUGUUGUUUUUUUUCCUCAGUGUUUUGAUUUAUUUUCAUCUUACGUGUUUUUGUAAUAACUUUGCAUCUCGACAGGAAUGACCGGUGGUAGAGAGAAUAAUAUAUCUUCUGCCUUAUUUGAAAUGUAUUUUGUCUUAGAGGGUAUUCUCUUCUUAGUCUUUUUACCCUUCUUACCCAGCUUUUUUGUUUAGUGUCAUUUUAUGAAGACCUUUCAUCCAUCUAGGACUAGGUUACAGGGACUUCUUGUUUUAAUCUAAUGACGGAUAUAGCAAGCACAUUUUUACAUCGGUAUCAUGGGACCCCUGUAGCUCAGUUGGUAGAGCAUGCCGCUUGCAACGCCAGGGUUGUGGGUUCGUUUCCCACGGAGGGCCAGUAUGAAAAUGUAUGCACUCACUUAACUGUAAGUCGCUCUGGAUGAGAGCGUCCGCUAAAUGACUAAAAUGUAAAUGUAUCAACUUACUCCUCCGGUUCCUUCCGCUCUUCUUCCUCCCAGAUGAUGACCCAGGCCCAGGGCCAGCACCGAGACCUGAUCCAUAUCAUCGAGGGCCUGCCCCCGGCCACGGGCCCCCUCUCCCCACUGGACCAGGACCUGCUUAUGCUCAAGGCCACCUCCAUGGCCACCAUGAACUGCCUCAACGACUGCCUGCACAUCCUGCAGCUGCAGCAGGUGGCCCGCCAGGGGAGCUCUCUGGGAGGUGAGGGUGACCGCUGGGGUCGGAGGGGGAGUAGGUCCUUACUGGUACUAGUAAUGAGUGUUCAUUUAUGAACUCCAAUGAAAAGAAGGGGAUCUGUGUGCAUGCACUGUUAGUUUUCUCAGUGGGUAGAUCUCUAUUGCCAGGCUUUCUCAGAUUUGCCUUCUAGAUGAUGUUUAAUUUAACACUGAAGAGAGCAAGGUAGAAACUGUUAAGUUACCUUCUCUUUGACCCAUUUCUUAAAGUUAGCCAUGGAAGUCUACAUGGAUUAAAAGUGUUUUGUUUCCAAGAAUGACUUUAGUCAUGUUUAGUUGUCUGCGACAUGUACUAGACACACAUCAUGUGCUUGCACAAUUCUACCUCACAAAUCAUGGAACUGCACAUGUAGACCCGCCCAGUCCAGAUGUACUCCGAAAGCCGACGGUGGAAUUAUUUUCCAUAAUUGAUGAGGGAGCGGUACUUAUUCUUAUCGGCUGUCUAGGGUGGUAACCAGAUCUCUCAUUGGGUAACUGAGUAAUAACAGCUUUCCCAAUUAACCAACUUUCUUCCUUUUUGAUCACGCAGCACCAUACUGACAGCCAAGAGACCUUACCAAAAAUGUAUGGCUGCUACUAUCUCAGCCAUUUCUUUUGACAGAGCCAACUAGACAUUGUGGAAUAGGGAAUAGGGGAAUAGGGAAAAGCCGUCACAAGUUACCGGUUUGACGUAGGAGAUCGUAAGAGAUCUUGUUACCUGGCAUCCAUAUUUCAUUAGGCCCACAAACAGGACGGAACCCGGGGAUGAGCCAAUCAGGAAAAGGUGUCAAGGAUUGUGUGGGCCGUGCUAAUUUGAAAGGGCCUCGCCUCCCACCCAAACACCCAUAGAAAUACCCUAUGUGGCGCUAAUGCUAACCCACCAAUCAGGCGGUGCGGACAUUUCCUGUUGGCGCGGCAUAAAACGUAUCUCGAUACUCAACGGGGAUCGGGUUAACGUCUCCAUCCUGUGGUCCUGGAGAACUGUCAGGGGAAUACGCCAGCCAGCCACCCCAUCCAGCCAGCCUGGGUCUUUUUUUGAAUGGUUGCUGGCUACAACCUCAUUGUUUUGGUUGGGUAGUCUGGUAGUCUCAAGGGGUCUCGUAGCGUAGCCUAGCAUGAGUACCUCUGAGCUAAAGACCGCGGUGGCCGCCGCUGUGUCGCGUGUUACAGGACCUACCAUUGAGUGGCUGGAGCCCAAGCUGCCGGACAUCCUGAAGAACGGCGGGCCCUUGGACAGCUUCAGCACCGGGGGAGAGGGAGGGCCGCUGGAGGGCAGCCUCCUGGAGCUGAGUGCCACGGAGCCCUGCAGUUUCUCUGGGGUAAGGACACAGAACAUUAAUAGUCCCAAAAGGGCUUUUCACAGCCAAACUCUAUCAAUCUCUGAGCAGGAGUGCUGAUCUAGGAUAAUCCAUUUAGAUCAUAAUGAAUAGGACUAUAAGGCAAAACAGAUUCUAAAUCACUACUCAUACUCAUAAGACUUUCUGAAUAAAGGCCCUGGCCUGGUUACGCAUCCAGCAUAGUUACUGGAGCUGUGCUGGAAAGGGCGACAUGAAAAUAAAGUAUUUGAAAAGUGAUAUAGGCGUAUCUCUUUGGACAGGACAAUUUGACUUCAGUACUUUUUUUUAUUUAAUAAUUAAAUAAAUAGCAAUGUUUCCAAUGAUCAAUUUGUCUAACAAUGUGUCCAUGGUCAGAUGGGGAGGAUGGUCAAAUAAAUAUAACUAAAUAAAGGCCUUUUAUUUUGGCUUUUUGUUGUAGGUGCUUCAGUUUGACUGUUUUUCAAGACGCAAGCCACAACUUUUGUUCUCAAAGUAAAUAUUGUAUCUCCUGCCAGGAGGAGAUUGACGGAGAGGACGAGGUGGAGGACGCGUUCACGGAAAAGGAGGAGGAACUGGGGGCGGUGGAGGAGGAGCGCAGUGUCAUCCUACACCUGCUCUCGCAGCUCAAGCUGGGCAUGGACCUCACGCGGGUAGGUCGAGUUCCCCCCCCCCCCCCCCCCCCCCCCCCCCGGCCGUGGCCUGGACACAGCCUGAAACAUACAUCGGGCUGGACCAAGGCCCAGAUAGACAGACCAUAGUGGUGUCUUGUUUUCCUUCCUCUGAUUGGCUAAUGUAAAGGACUGCGUACUGGAGUUAAGAAAUGCCUAUCGUUUUGCUUUUCUUGUUGACUUCAUAGUAGAGCUGGGUGAUAUGGACUGAAAUCCAUAUCGCGAUAAAUUGCCUUAAAUUGCGAUAACAAUAAAUAGAACGAUACGUUUUAAAGUUAAUGUGCACCAGUCUUUUAUAUGUAUUAUCCUUUAAACUAAUACUACUAGUUUGAUGGUUUUAGCCAUCAAUUGUCCCAUUAACAAUCACCCAUAUUAGCAAACUUAUUUCAUUUCAAACUUCACAUUUCUCUAGUAUAGGCUACAAAACGGCUGCAAUAAGUGAUCGGUAUGGUCGGUGUCGAUCAUUUUCCGUUGUCGUCCCAGCUCUAAUUUCAGUUUCCCAUGGUUAGCAGCAGUCUGCAAGUGUAGGCUCAAAGCCAGAUGGGUGUCGGAUGGUAGUUGGUCAGUUAAUCAAUUCAUGAAAAGAGAAUGUGUUCUCAAUAACCUCAAAUUGCAAUUCAAGCUUUGUUUGAAUGAUGUUUACCUCAUAGCUACAUGUCAUUAUAGACCACACACUAGGUUAUUGAAUGGUUCUCAAUAACCCACCUACUUCAAUAAAGAUCAUAAAUAGUUCUGUCUCCUCAGGUGGUGCUACCCACCUUCAUCCUGGAGAAGCGCUCCUUACUAGAGAUGUACGCUGACUUCAUGUCCCACCCGGACCUGUUCGUAUCCAUCACAGACGGCCAAGGGCCCGAGGAGCGCAUGGUGCGCUUCGUCGAGUACUACCUCACCUCCUUCCACGAGGGCCGCAAGGGCGCCAUCGCCAAGAAGCCCUACAACCCCAUAAUCGGCGAGAGCUUCCACUGCUCCUGGAGGGUGCCCAGGUCAGGGGAACCUGCUAAGGAUGCCCCCUCGCCCCCCUCUCCUCCCCAGGGAAGCCCCACGACCGAGGAGGAGGACGGCAGUUACGAGUUGCGCUUCGUGGCUGAGCAGGUGUCCCACCACCCGCCCGUGUCAGGCUUCUACGCCGAGUGCCCCGAGAGGCGGAUGUGCGUCAACACCCACGUGUGGACCAAGAGCAAGUUCAUGGGCAUGUCCAUCGGGGUGUCCAUGAUCGGGGAAGGUAAGGCCGGCCAGAGACAGGGUAUCGAUUUAUUGCACCAUCUGUGUGACACGGUGCAUGCUAGCGCCAGAGCGGUUUGAAAUCGAGAGACUCGGCUAGGGAUUAGGCCUACUUCCUUCAGACCAAUGUCAAAGGGAGAGUGGACAUUUCUUCCAUACUAGUUACUGACAGGAAGUACUUAUUGUUGAGUCUUUCGACUUCAAACCUCCUGCUAAAAGUGGUCUGUAAGAUGCAUCUGUCUAAUGCUAACAAUAUAAAGUAUAAACCAUAUUGUAAUCUGUGUGUGUAGGCUGUCUGUACCUGCUGGAGCAUGACGAGGAGUACACGUUCACGCUGCCCUGUGCCUACGCCCGCUCCAUCCUUACCGUGCCCUGGGUGGAGCUGGGGGGAAAGGUCAAUGUGAACUGCACCAAGUCGGGAUACUCCGCAGUCAUCACCUUCCAGACCAAGCCCUUCUACGGAGGCAAACUGCACAAGUGAGUGCCCCUCACAGAGCGCACACACACACCUGCAGAGGAAUUUCUAAUGCUGUCAUUAAAUUGUUGCAUUGGCUUUUGGUUAGGUUUAUGUCCCUGUGCGGUUACAUCAUAUAGUUAUUUCCAUGUUGUUUUUAGAUUUAAAAAUGAUUUUUGUGGAUUAUCCCGGCUAAAGAAAGAUUCAUUGAAAUGUAGUUAAUAAACAAGUAUUUGAAUAAUUUAUAAAAGCCACAACUCUUUGGAUUGAAGUGACCUCAAAUAGUUUUGCAUAGUUUGCGUGGAGAGGCUGUGAUUGGUUGAUAUCGUUGACCAUGUGUCCUGUUCUCCUGGCGCCUCACGCAGAGUGACGGCGGAGGUAAAGCACAACGCUACCAACGUUGUGGUGUGCCGCGUGCAGGGCGAGUGGAACGGCGUGCUCGAGUUCAGCUACCAGAACGGCGACACGCGCAUGGUGGACGUCACCAAGCUGCCCGUCACUAAGAAGCGGGUGCGCCCCAACGACAAGCAAGCACCAACCGAAUCGAGGUUAGACAAAAAAGUUGAAAUAUGAAUAUGCUCCGAUGUAUUUUCUAUGCUUUCCGGUGAGGUUGUGGCAUAAAUAAGGACUGUAGAUGAAAAUAAUGUGUUUAGUUAAUUCUGGUGCUGUUACACCUCUGUAUUGUUGACUAUAUUGUGCAUUGUCUCAGUAAUAGACAUGAUACACUAGAUAACUGUGUUUUAGGCGCCUGUGGCAGCACGUGACUGAGUCGCUGCGUCAGAAGGACAUUGAGAAGGCCACGGAGCACAAGAGGAUCCUGGAGGAGAGACAGAGAACUGAGGAGAGACACCGCACUGAGACAGAGACCCCAUGGAGGACCAGAUAUUUUGAGAGCGAGGUACGUAGAACAUCAUCUUGACAAACCCUUUUCAUAUUUAGUGUGCUUGCUUCAGCAAGACCUGGAGAGCCUGGGUCAGACAUGCUUUUGGACAGCUGAAGCAAGCACACCCAUUUUCUUCAGGAAACGUUCUAGUAUUAUUGUGUUUCGUUAAGCGGUCAGGCAUUUUGACACCCAAUUUUGCUGGAAAAAUGCAAGGAUAAUGGACGCAUCUCAUGAGGCAUUUACAGUUUAUAUUCUUCAGGAAUCAAUGGAUUUUGAUAUGAAUAUUAAUAAUGGAUUCUCUUCUGUCAGACAUUUUAAUCUCACAGAUUGUACAUAUUCUUUUUUUGUAAUGUUUUCUAUGGUCUUCUCUCUAUGCUAGGGCGAAGGCUGGAUGUAUCACAAACCACUGUGGAAAACACCCGCUUUGAAAUCUUAA